CAGUUGGGAUCACUGGUUCCCAUGACUUCAGAUGUGAACGAAAUUGCAACUGAGACAACGACUACCAUAACGACAGCUCCGGCAGCUAACUAUGCUAUCGAAACAAAUUUGUCAGAAAAAUCAUUUCGACAUCACAGCCACAGAAAGUUAAGGAUGGCAGCCCUGAAUACCCCGUUUUCGGGCGACUUUCACGGCAUACGAGGCGCUGACUACGAGUGUUACCGGCAGUCG